UGUGCGUGUUAAUACGUGUCAGUGUGCGUGAAGUCAAAAUGUUUCUGUCAAAAUAAUAAAAAUUCGGGGGAUGUUUCAAUUUAUCUAUUUAGCAAAAUAUCGGCGAAAAUGGGUCUGGCUCUCUCCCGUGGUGCUCCUAGUGGUGACCCUGUUCGUGGAAGUGUCCACAAAGUGCAGUGAACACGACGAAGACCCCAAUGGCUCCUGCAUGAAUGGCGGAUUCUGCAGGAAUGGGACUUGCGUGUGUCCGGAGGGCUGGCAGGGUUCAGAGUGCCAGUUUUGCGGUGGAAAAGUCAGACUCACCCAACCCUGGGGCAACAUCCACGACGGCAUCGGCAACUACUCGAUCGGUGUAAAGUGCAGCUGGCUGAUUGAUGCCCGCGACCACGGUGUGACGGCCUCCCGCAGGCCAUCGAGCAUCCGGAUCCACCUGGAGGAGUUUGCCACGGAGUGUGGAUGGGACCAUCUCUAUGUGUACGAUGGCGAUAGUGUGGAGUCCCCGUUACUAGCUGUGUUCAGUGGCCUCAUGUACAAGCAAAACUUCUCAAUUCGUCGCGUUCCGGACGUGGUGGCGCACUCGGGAUCCGCCCUGUUGCACUUUUUCAGUGACGACGCAUACAAUAUGUCGGGCUUCAAUAUUUCCUACAAGAUAAACGGAUGUCCCACCACUGAUUCGCAUCUCGUGUGCUCCGGACAUGGUUUCUGCGACGAGGGAAUUUGCAAUUGUGAUGCUUUUUAUAUUGGAUCCGCCUGUAAUGUGCCAAUUUGUCCAAGCAACUGUUCCGCCCACCUUGGCCAGGGGGUCUGUGAUCGAGAAGGUCAUGCAUGUUCGUGCAAUGCUGGAUUUGCAGGGAGCGAUUGCUCUCAGCUGGAAUCACUCGGGUUCUUUGAUACGGUUGAACCAGAUUUCGCCCCGGAAGGUAGUGCCUCGCAUGGGGCAGCUGUUUGGCGCGAUACACUCCACAUAAUUUCCGGAGAGAGCUACGGGCGUGGUCAGUUGCUGACAAUGUAUGAUUUCAAUGGGAAUGUAUGGGAGACGGCUCAUGUGGAGGGAACAAAUUAUCCCGAAAUGCGCUAUGGGGCCUCAACGGUGAUGUAUGGGGAUAAGAUCUUUAUGUAUGGGGGUGUAAUUGGCCACAAGGGGGUGUGCGGGGAGUUGUGGGCAUUCGAUGUGAGUGCACGCAGCUGGGAGAAUAUCACCGUGAAGAUUGAUCAGUGCAAUGCAACGUACGCCAUGUGUGGUCCCCUAAAGUCAGCGGGGCACACAGCGACGCUCAUACCGGGCUAUGAUAAUGGGAAGAAGGGCAAUUAUCAGUACAUGGUGGUCAUUUUUGGGCAUUCACCGCAAUUUGGGUACCUCAACACGGUGCAAGAGUACAAUUUUGGCACGCGUGAGUGGAAAAUUGUCACAACACGAGGAUUCCCGGUGAAAGGUGGCUACGGACACAGUGCCAGCUAUGACUGGCUGACGGAGAAGAUCUACGUCUACGGUGGGAUUGUGUCUGAGAGUGAAAGCAAUCAAUUGCUAAGCAAUAAACUCUACAGCUAUGAACCAUUCACGAGAACAUGGACACUCCUCACGGCUGCAUCGACGGCGAGAUUCCUCCAUACGGCGAAUUUCAUCUCACCGGGUCUCAUGAUGGUAUUCGGGGGGAACACCCACAAUGAUACGUCACACAGCUUCGGUGCCAAAUGCUAUAGUCGCGAAUUAAUGGUGUACGAUGUGAUUUGCGAUUCAUGGCACAUUCAGCGGAUGCCAGAGGAAUUGCGUACUGAUCUCGCACGUUUUGGCCAUUCGGCGGUGAUGUUUGAGAAAUCCCUCUACAUCUACGGGGGUUUCGACGGGCAAAUGAUUGGGGAUAUGCUAAAGUACACACCUGGCAAUUGUCAUAGUCUCCAGAAGCCGGAGGCGUGUCUCAAUACACGUCCCGGGGUGAAGUGCGUGUGGGACAUUCAGAAAUCCAAAUGUCAUGCUGUUGCGGAUGUGCAGAAAACCGUUGUCUUCAGCCGAGAUCAGGAUGUCUACAUAACCUGCCCCGAAGUGAGUCGCAUUAAGAUGACGCAGCAACAUCUUCAUGAUGCUGAGCGAUGCGGAGAGCUGAAUGAUUGCCAGAGUUGCGUAUCAACGUCAUUUGGAUGCACGUACUGCGGUGGAGGGGCAUGUACGAAGGAUAAAUGCCGUGAACCAUUGCUCGAUGGGAAUGCAUCGAUUCCCGUGAAGGAGAUUGAUCAGUGUGUACGAGAUCCCAAUCCUGUUUGCCUGCAAUUGCAUGGAUGUCAAGCAUGUACGGCUAAUACGCAGUGCCAUUGGGAUUACGAAGCGAGUAGGUGCAAAGCGGCUGGGAAUCGUACAGCUAAUGAUAUUGUCGAUACCCUACCGUGUCCACCGGCAUGCGCUGCCCUCACGAGCUGUGAAAAUUGCACGCAAGGUGAAUGUAUCUGGUGCCAAAAUGAACAGAGGUGCGUGGAUAAAAAUGCCUACACAGCUAGUUUCCCGUACGGGCAGUGUCGAGAGUGGACUACAUUGUCCAGCAAAUGUAGGGCUGCUGUGUCCGGAAAGUCACAAUGUGGCUUCUACCGGACAUGUUCACAGUGUAGGGAUGAUCCAGCAUGCGGAUGGUGCGAUGAUGGGUCACGCACGGGUUUGGGUAAAUGUCUCCCAGGGGGUGAUAGUGGACCUCAGGAGGAGAUGGAAUGUCCAGCACAUCGUUGGCACUUUACACACUGCCCCAGCUGCCAGUGCAAUGGGCACAGCACCUGCUUAGAUGGUCAUGUGUGUCGUCAACCCUGUGGCAAUCUCACCACAGGUCCUCAUUGCGAUAAAUGCCGUACUGGCUAUUGGGGCAACCCCGUCAAUGGGGGCACAUGUCAGAAGUGCGAAUGCAACGGACAAGCAACGCACUGCAACAGUGAGACGGGCAAGUGCUAUUGCAGCACAAAAGGUCUCGCGGGGGAUCAUUGUGAGAAGUGUGAUGCAACAAAUCACUACCAUGGGGAUCCAAGCAAGGGUAGCUGCUACUACGAUCUCACAAUUGACUACCAAUUCACAUUUAAUCUCUCCAAGAAGGAUGAUCGACACUUUACACAAAUAAACUUUCGCAAUUCCCCCAUGAAGUCAGACGUGGAUGCUGACUUUACCAUCAUCUGCAGCGUCCCGGCGAAAAUGAACAUCACAAUCCGUACGGCUGGAGGUCCGGAAAAACCCCUUAUUACCGGUGUCAAUUGCUCCACAUUCCGGCAUCGCUUCUCAAAGACAGAACAUCUCUUUGGUGUGGAGGACAAUGUGACCCUAACAACGUUCUAUGUGUACGUGUAUGAAUUUCAACCGCCACUUUGGAUUCAAAUAGCUUUCUCGCAGUAUCCUAAAUUGAAUCUUCAGCAAUUUUUCAUCACAUUUUCCACUUGUUUUCUUCUCCUUCUCCUGAUGGCGGCUAUUCUGUGGAAGAUAAAGCAAAAGUACGAUAUGUUUAGGAGGCGGCAGAGGUUAUUUGUUGAGAUGGAGCAAAUGGCUUCGCGUCCCUUUAGCCAAGUUAUUGUGGAGAUUGAAAACAGGGAUUACAAUGAACUCUCCCCGGCCGUUGAAACCAUUGCGACUGUGCCGAAGAAGCGAAAAAAGGACGCACCAAGUCCAAUCGCCCUAGAGCCAUGCAGCGGCAAUAGAGCUGCGGUUCUUUCACUUCUAGUCCGGCUACCGACAGGUGGCCAUCAACAUGCUCCGCCAGGGCAGGUGGCUGGAUUGGCGGUGGCAAGUGCUCUUGUGACUCUCGGCAAUCCACGAAGGCCAUCCAUUGAGCACCCCAAGGAGCCUAAAGCUAAACGAAAACAGAGUCAACAUCCAGACAGUUGUAUAUAAAAAAUAUAUAUUAUAUAUAUUUAAAAAAAAUGAGAAAGAAAAAAAAAGAGGGACAGAGUGUUUUAUGCAAAAUAUUUUAACAAAAAAAAAAGAUUGCGAUUAUGAUAUCUAAGAAGAACACAAAAUCUCUGCCGAAGGAGAUAGAGAAGAAAAAAAGAAAAAAAAAUGUGUGUGUGAAUGUGCAACUAAAGUGGAAAGAUUGAUAUAUACAUAUAUAUUUAGUUUAACAAUACUUAUAUAGGAUUUUUUUUGAAUCUUAUGAAAAGAACUUCAAACUCUUAUAAGUCUAUAUUUAGAUACAAAAUACCUAAAUACUAAAUAACUAUCAAUUACACAAUAUUCCCACAUAUUUAACCAUCUAACAAAAGGUAUAUAAAUAUAUUUUUUAAUAAAAUUGUGCUACUAGAACAACAACAAGAAAUAUUAGGAAAAAACAAAUCAAAUUGAGAGUAGGUUUUCUGCAGACGAUGUAGUAAACGAAAAGACAUUUUACUGCUGCCACUGAUUAAAAAAAAGUUAUGUAAUAGAAAAACAAAUUAAUGAAAAAAACUGAUAAAAUAAUAUUUACUCCCAUUUUUGCCCUUCCAAUGUGUGUUUUAAAGGGUUUUAUUUUCUCAUUUUUUUUUAAAAAUAUAUUUUGUUUAAUAAAUUCACGGAAGAUUAAACAGAUACACACACAAUUCACGUUUCAAAGUGAAGAGAAUAUUCUAACAAUUAUAAAAAAAAUAAAAUUUAUUAAAGAGACGUGAAAUUUGUGAGAGAAAAUAACUACAAUGUAAAACAUUUUUAGAUAAAAAAAAAUACUCAAGAAUUUUAAUUUUUAAUUUAAUGUGAUAGUAUUAGAUUUGUAGGGUUUUUAAAAAAAAUCGUCAUAUGGCAAGAAAGGAAGGUAAAAAGAAAUAUAUUGUGCUAAAAUCUGCAGCAUCUAAUAUGAAUUUUCCUCCACAGGGUGGCAUAGUUGGAUUGAUUAUUUUGUAAACUUAGAGACUUUUUGUGCUUUAGUUUUAAACGUAUUGCGUAAUUCCCGUGAUUAAUGAUCUCUGACAUUUUCUGAUCGCAAUGUUUUUUUUUUCAGUUAUAUUUCAAAAAAUAAAAAUUCUUAACGUCGUUUCAAAUAUAAUACCCUCUUCAUCAGGUAGGGGAGGGCGGGGCUAAUAAAGUCACUUAAGGGUUUGGAAAAAGCUCAAAAUAUCAUAUUUCCUAGCUAGAUAGAACAAAAUGAUCUGAGAAAGAGUUAUAGAGCAGUAAAUUUCCUAAAGAAAUGAGCUAUACAUUUCGCUUUAUCUGUUUGGGAAAUAUGAUAUUUUGAGCUUUUUCUAAACCCUUAAGUGACUUUUUUAACCCCGGUCUCCCCUACCUAUUAAUUAUGGAAAAUUAUGCAGAGGGAAUUGAGAUAUAAAAAUUAUAAAAGUAAUAAAAUAAAUAAAUCAUUUAUUACGGUGCAAAUUGUAAUAUAUUUACACAAAAGAAACUACUAAUUUAUUUGAUUCUCACCACAGAAUAAAUUUGUGGGUAAUGCAAGUGCUUUUAUGCUUUGAUAGUCAUUGAUACUAACUCAUUAAAAUUCAUGAAUUAAAUUUCAUGGCAUAGAAAUAUUGUUUAUUUCAUAAAAGACUUUUAAUAAUUCUUAUUAUUUUAUUAUUCUGAAAUUUUGUGGAUACCUAGCAGUGCCACCCUGUAUUAUCCAUACCCCUACAUACAGUGGGACCCCAGUACAACGACGGCUUGGUUGAACUACUCUCGCGCAUUGAAAAUAAUGAGUGUGAAGAGUAUUUCCGAGUGGUCGUUGUACUGAGGUCCCACUGUAUUUUAUUAUUUGCCCAUAGGUAUGAUUAUUAAAUUUAAUUUUUAAUAGCUGCAUUUUUAAUGCUUUUAUCAUCACUACUAUACUUAAUACUAUAAAUAUUUUUGCACAUUCUGUGCAAUAUAAUUUUAUAUUUUUUGCUGUUUUUUUUGUUUGUCAUGCAGAUAGGAAUUAUAGUUUUAUUUUAUGACAUGAGAAAAGAAAUGAAAAUGAUAAACAAAAUGGUAUUUGAUUGGAAAGUUAGGUGGUAUGUAAUAUCUGUAUUAGGUAAAGAAAGAAAAUGUGGUUGAGAAGUAUGCCGGAAAAGGAAAUAAUCAUGUGGAAAAAGGGUACUUAGGAGUUAAAAGAGAAUUAAAUGAAAAAUAAAUGAUAAUGUGUGAGAAAACAAGAGAAAAUAUUGUGUAAAAAAUAAUACAGAUAAAGGCUGAAUAAGUAAGAAUUUUCACAAAAAAUGUACGUGAGAAGGAGAAAAUUUAUAUACCAGAGUAUAAAAUAGGUAUAGUGUUGUCCCUCGUAUAAAAAAAAAUACAAAAGGCUUGGUCAACGUAUUUCUCUGCAUAUUUUUUGCUCAAAACAACUGAAAGACCCUCUGCAAGAUGCCUCAGACACGAAUAUUGUGUUUACCCUGUGAGAUUGCUUUAAGACGAGCUGAUUUUUUUAGAAGAAAAUUUUUCUAUAUUGGGAAAUGCAGGAAAAAAUGGGAUGAAAAUGUGAGGAAAAAAUCCCGAGAAAUUUUUAAAAGUCUCUCAAAUGUAAAAUAUAAACAGAGUUCGUGUCUGGAACAUCUUGAAAGCUCUGUGAGUAGUAAAUCGAGUAAAUCUCACAGUAAAGAAGUAAAAAACAGAAUGUGGAUAAAAAGUCAUUUCAAUUGAGUCAGGUGAGUUUGGAGAUUUGAUGAGAAAUAGUUUGUACGAUAUAAUUAAUUAAUUAAACAAAGAGAAAAAUCAAUUGUUUGCCAUAGUGCUUGUCUUCUUUUAAUAGAUUUGUUACUACUCCAUUUUAUGACCUCCCUUGCAUAUCAACUUGUUGGUCAUUCUGUCUCUAAAGGAAAGUUCCCAUUUGCAUAAAUUUGUACGCAAUGGGAACUUUAUUAGUUUGAACAGAAUUCAGUUAACAGUCACAAAGUGUUCAUGCAAAAUAUUUUCUUACAAAAUAAUUUUCAAACUAAAAUGCAUUUUUGUUACACUCCUCAUGAUUUUUUUUUAAAUAAUUCUAAUAUUGUGUAGGUAAUACCCUUUUUUUAAUCUCUGAGUAUUAGGAUUUUAUGUAUUUUUUUUACAAUAUUAGAUGAGUGACUAUUUUUACGUUAUUAAUUGGUUUUAGUUUUUUUUAUGAAAAAAAAAAUUCGGCAACUAUAUUUUUAUACCGGAAAGGUCUUUUAUUCUUUUAUUAUAUUAAUUUUUUUGUAAAUAUUGUGUUUUUUUAGGAGUAAAAAGAUAUUUUUUUACGUUUAUUCAAUGCAUUAUUAGGCAAAAUAAAUCAUUACACAUUAAACAACAUUAAUGAGAAAAAAAAUGUAAAUAGACAUUACAAUAAAAGGAGGAAUCAGUUGGAAAAUGAUAAUAAAAGCAUGAUUCUUUAUCAUA